GUUUAUGUAGUUGUCCAUAGUUGCCUAUCAACCGAACCGAACGAAUAGCGCCUGCCGCGCGUCACACGCACAGUAGACGGGUUUUCAGUGACUAAUUUAAGAGAUUAUAUUAUUGUAAAAAGUGCAUUAGUGAUUGAAUAUCAAGUUAAGCUUCAAAAUUACCGUACUAAACAUUCAACAGGACAUAUUUUAUUUUAGGAGAGGUUAACUGCACAGCAAUGGUUCAGGCUUCAGAGGAAGUAGAGCAGCCUGACCUGCCUCAAGCUGUUAAGUUGCUAAAAGAAAUGAACACUAACGUUCAGCAAGUAUCACAACUCGUGGACAACAUGCUAGUACGCGUCAAAAGCGGAGAACUCUCUACAGAUAAAGGUCUUAGUUUUCUAGAAAUGAAAUAUCAAAUGCUUCUUAGUUAUUUAAUUAAUUUGACUUACAUAGUUCUAAGAAAAUGCUCUGGUGAAAGGAUAGAAUCAGACCCAUCAAUUGAAAGGCUUAUUGAAAUAAGAACAGUACUUGAGAAAAUUCGUCCCAUAGACUCCAAACUAAAAUAUCAAAUUGACAAACUUGUUAAAACUGCUGUUGUCGGUGGCACAUCUGAAGAUGAUCCACAAGCAUUUCACGCCAAUCCCGCAAACUUAGUGAGUAAAAUAAAUGAGUCUGCAGAAGAAUCUAGUGAAUCUUCAGAUGAGGGUGAGACUAAGACAGACAAGGCUAGUAAAUCGAAUAUUUAUGUGCCACCUAAAUUAGCGGCUGUACACUUUGAUGAAAGCACCUCAAGAGUUGAUAAUGAUAAAAAGAUGAAAGAGAAAUCUAAGAAACAGUUCUUGAACUCAAGCAUAAUGCGUGAACUGCGUGAAGAGUAUUCUGAGGCUCCAUUAGAAGUCAGCACAGGUAAUCAUGUUAAACAGUCAAUAUCCAAAUACGAACAAGAAAAAACAGAGUAUGAAGAGAAUUAUUUAACUCGUCUGCCAGUCACAAAAGCAGAGAAAAACCGCAGGAAAAAAUUAUCUACUGUAGGUAUGAUCGCUGAUGAAAUCACGGGUACAAGCAGUAAUCGUGUAUCACGGAAGCAUAAACUGAAGUCAAAGAAAGGUAAAGGUUUUAAGAGAAGGCGUACUCAAUAGAUAACAUUUUCAAUAAAAUUUUAUAUGAAUAAGAAUCCUGUACUGUUGUAAAGAAAUGCCUCAUUUCAUAGGAUUGGUAACUAGAGUUCGAUGUUAUUGAAUUAAACUUAUUUUUCUCUGUAUUUUUUUUUCAAUGGUUAUGUAAAAAUUAUAAGACCCUUCUAAACAAAACCUGAUUCAUAAAUUCCUCUAUAAAGUAGUAGUCAUCAUAUUCAUAUGCUGGAAAACAUAUUUAUUAAAUAUUGUAAAUACCUACUUAAAUAGAUUUUAUUACUGAAAUAGCCAAUGAACAUAGAACAGGGCACAGGGUAGAUCUUGUUUUAGGUGACUAAAUUAAAUAUGAUUUGUAUGAAAAAAUUCCAUACACUGCAUUACAGCUUUCAAACCA